GAAAUAUUUGAUACGAAAGACUCGUUUGAGAGGUUUGGCGACGAUUUGGUUGAAGUGAUGGUCAGUUAUCUCCCACUCGAAGAUCGGUUCCCAUUUGAAUGUCUGUCCAAACGGUUCCAGACAUUGCUUUUCUCAAGACUUACGGACAUCGAUGUCGACGACAAUUCUGACGAUACAACUGAUUGGCGAGCAUUGGAUUCAACGCAAUACUCGUUUGAGAGGUUUGGCGACGAUUUGGUUGAAGUGAUGGUCAGUUAUCUCCCACUCGAAGAUCGGUUCCCAUUUGAAUGUCUGUCCAAACGGUUCCAGACAUUGGUUUACACAANGAUUUGGUUGAAGUGA